AUGGCCCGCCUGCUGGGCACCCUGCGCAGCUCCCAGCCCGUGGCGCGCUUCCAGCGCUCCUGCGGGCUCUUCCCCGCCGGCGAGGAGGGCGGCGGCAGCAGCAACGACCCCGCGGACGGGUCCCGGGACCGCGGCGCCUGCAAUGGGGCGGCCGCGCUGCGCUGCCGAGCACCCCCCGGCGGGGUGCGGAGCGGCCGCGGCCCGCAGGACUGCACACAGAAGUAUAUUGUGAAGAACUACUUCUACUACUACUUGUUCAGGUUUUCAGCUGCUUUGGGUGAAGAGAUUUUUUAUAUCACUUUCCUUCCAUUUACCUACUGGAAUAUUGACCACUCCGUAUCUAGAAGAAUGAUAAUUGUUUGGUCGAUUGUGAUGUACAUAGGCCAGGUCUCCAAGGACAUCCUCAAGUGGCCUCGGCCCCUCUCACCACCUGUGGUCAAGCUGGAAAUGAGGACGAAUGCAGAGUACGGGAUGCCUUCCACCCACGCCAUGGCAGCCACAGCCAUCUCCUUCUCCUUUUUCACUGCAACCAUGAACCAGUACAAGUAUCCAUUUGAACUCGGCCUGGUAGCAGCGUUUGUGUUUUCGACCCUGGUGUGCCUCAGCAGGCUCUACACGGGGAUGCACACAGUCCUGGAUGUGAUCGGCGGAGCACUGAUUUCGGCCGUGCUGCUCGUGCUCUUGUAUCCUGCGUGGGACACGAUAGAGCACUUGCUGUUAACUAGUCCCUUCUGCCCACUGUUUUCCAUAGUUGUGCCUCUUGUCUUAUGUUACAACUACCCCAAACUAGACUAUUACAGCCCUACUAGGGGAGACACCACUACUAUCUUAGGAGCAGCAGCUGGAGCAACUGUGGGGUUUUGGUUAAACAACCAGUACAACCAGACUGCACCAGUCUAUGCCAGCGAAAGUUUUCAGCUUGGAUUUCCUCUGAUCACCACUAAAGUGGUGGUUGUGCUAGCCAGGUUCUUUGUAGGCAUCUUAGUUGUCCUGCUGACGCGCUGGCUCAUGAAGAACGCGGUCCUUGGUGCGCUGGGUUAUCAGUACAAGUUUCCCAUUCGUGACCUGGAGGCCCGGAGACGACUGGAAGUUGAAGUGCCCUAUAAGUUCAUCACAUACUCCUCAGUUGGCUUCACUGCUACCGUGAUUGUGCCGCUGCUUCACAAGCUGUUGGGGCUGGAGUGAGCUCAGCGCCUUCCUCACCGAGCGGCACCACCACCUCAGAGACGUGAGAACUCCAUCACAGCUGGUGACUUGACCAAAAAGUGUUUUGUGCCUUUCUGCACUGGUGUGGUGAGUCGACUGUGGCUGGAUGCCAGGGGCUCACCAAAGCCUCUCUGUCACUCCUCAGCUGGGCAGGGGAGAGAAAAUAAAAAGAGAGGGUCAUUGGUUGAGAUAAGGACAGGGAGAGAUCUCCCAGCACUUACAGUCACAGGCAAAACAGACUCGACUUGGGGAAAUUAGUUUAAUUUAUUACCAAACUAAUCAGAGUAGGAAAAUGAGAAAUAAAACCAAAUAUUAAGAAUGCCUUCCACUUACCCUUCCCUUCUUCCCAGGCUCAACUUCACUCCUGAAUUCUCUAUCUCCUCCUACCCACCAUCACAGGGGAUGGGGAAUGGAGGUUACAGUCAGUUCAUCACAUGUUGUUUCUGUUGCUCCUCCCUCCUUGGGGGUAGGAUUCCUUACGCUCCUCCUCUGCUCCAGUAUAGGGUCCUUCCCAUAGAAGACACCUCUCCAAAAACUUCUCCAGUGUGAGUUCUUCCCAUGGGCUACAGUUCUUCAUUAACUGCUCUGGCAUGUGUCCCCUGGAGGAGGUCACAAGUCACAGCCAGGAGCCUGCUCCAGUGUAGGCUUCCCACAGGGUUGCAGCCUCAUCCCCCUGCCCCUAUGUGAGAUCUCCACAAACUGCAGGUGGGUCUCUGCUCUACUAAGGACUUCCAUGAGCUGCAGGGGGACAGCUGCCUCACAUGGUCUGCACAACAAGCUGCGGUGAAAUCUCUGUUCUGGUACCCAGAGCACAUCUUACUCCUCCUCCUUCAGUAAUCUUGGUGUCUGCAGAGUUCUUCCUUUCCCACAUCUUCACUCCUCUCUCUGGCUGCAGUUGCACGGGGUUUUUCCUCCCUUCUUAACUGUGUUAUCCCAGAGGUGUUACCACUGUUGCUGAGGGGCUCAGCCUUGUCCAGCAGUGGAUCUGUCUUGGAGCUGGCUGGCACUGGUUCUGUUGGACACAGGGGAAGCUUCUGGCACACCUUCUUAGAGAAGCUACCCCUCACUACCAUGGCCUUGCCACACAAACCCCAACUGGCUGACUUGGAGGGGUCACAGGAAUUGCUGGGCACAGAUAACUUUGGGUUAGAAAUUGCUGCCCCCACUGUGUCCUGUAACUAGAGACCCUUGGUCCAGGUGGCUAAAGAUGACAAGCACAGAGCCAAAAUUCCUCCCAGAGUGGCAGCAGUGGCUGUUUUGCCAUGGGGCUGGGGGUGCCAGGGAGUGUGGCUGUGCCCCUCGCUGCCCUGCUGUGGUCCUGCUCCUGCUGAAGCAGUAGAGCAAUCCAAGGAAGGGCUCAGGUUUGGGGCAUGGGAGAGCAAGUGACUGGUGGUGUGGGGGAAGAAACAACCAUCCAAGAGUGAAGUGCCAUCAUCGGGCAGAGCUCACAGUUUCUGAUGGCACUGCCAGAGCUGGCUAGUUCUGUGUGGAUGGUUUUGUCCAUUAGAGUUCAAAAAAACCCUCCAAACAUAAAACACAAGGAAAAUCUAACAGAAAACAUUUUAUGUGAUUUGCAACAAGUUUAUCUUGGAUAUUAGUAAGAAAGCCUCCACUAAGAGAUCAUUUUACCACAUACAACUGAGCAGAGUUAUUACCACAACACUGAUGUUUGUAUUCAAACUGGUUAACUCAGAUUAAUCUCCUCUGUCUAAGGGACAGGGGAAAGUCCUUCCUGUCAUGCAGGGAUGACAAGUAGUGUCCACAAACUGCGUUGUGGAAGGAGCUGAGUAGUGACUCUGGUGACUGCAACAUGUGGCAAUGAUAUGAUGCCAUCAUUUUCUGGUGCUGCACAGCAUCACAGUUGGUCUUCCAUGCGUCCUGCAAUACUGUGUGUACACUUGUAGAAUAGCAGGUUAGGAGUGUUCAUGGGGGGAUCAUCCCUAUAACUCAGGCUGCUUAUUUAAAAAAAUAUAUAUCAGCUGUUAGACCAAUGAGCUGUUGAGAAAUACAGUGGUGAAUGUGGUCUGCUUGGCUGGAGAAAAAUGUUCCCAUGCUAUCGCUGCAGAGCUCCAAGCAUGGCCCCCGUGCCUUCCCUGGCAGAAUGUACUGUGAGAGCCAGCUUUUUAACCAUGCACGCUUGUCUUCCUGGCUGCAAGGAAAAUGAACCUGAAGAAUGUAAAGGAAUUGUAAAGAGUGGUACCUGGGAGUUCCUCUGAGGAGCGGGAGGCACGUGUGUGAAAGGGCUGUGCCACUUUAAAACCCAGGGUGUCGGUCUCCAGAGGAAAUGCAGGCAGAAAUUUUAACCACUUUUAGAUUUGUUCAGGCUGUGGAUAAACUGUUUUAUAUCAGGUUGUGUGGACUUCACAUGUGCAUGCCAACAGCUUCAGCGAGCCCUUCAGCAGGGCUCAUGCCCAGUCACGCUUGCCCUUGGGUGAGUGCUGGACUCCGGCCACCAAAGCCAUGGGGUUCCAUCCUCAGCCUCUCUCCCUCCCACACACCACAAAAGUGCUGCCAUCAGGCUUUAAAACACCUUUAAAACUCCUGUGUUAAGAGUGCUGUAUGAUGUACAGCUGCAGCACAGAGGUGGAGCCCUGUGGAGGGGCCACACCACAGUGGAUGGGACCAAAACUGGGAAAAAACUUGGCAGCAAGAUGAGUGUUUAAGCUGGGGGGCGAAUCAGUCCCAAGAAAGGCACAGCUUGACAGGGACAUUCAUGCAGCUUUAUGUGUAAAAUUUCUGUUCUGAUUCACAUCUAUUUUGUGCUACAAAGAUUUUAUAAAUUAUAUAUAAAUGCUGCACAAGUAUUUUUAUAGUAUUAACCUGCAUGUGAUUCAUGCAAUAAAUGCAAACUGUAUUUGGU